AUGAAAUUAGUCAAUUCUUUUAACGUCGUAUCUCUUUUAACAAAAACGACACGAUUGUCCACGAGUUCACUAGAUGAGAGUUACCUUAUAUCGGCUGAAAAUUCGACAAAUCUCAUCCAUAGGUUACCUAUCUUCAAGAAGGAUCCCUCGUGGAAUCCAAAUGGCCGAUUUUUAAUAUUAAUUAACGGCCUUUUCAAAGAUGAUCUUACACAAAUUUUUGAUACGCUUUUGAAAUAUCAUAUUAUUGAUGUUUUAGUUGUGACAGAAUAUCUUAACCCAGAGCUGUAUACUUAUAAUCCAUUCGAGAAUUACGGCUGUGGACGUUAUUAUGGCCGAAUCAUUGAAUAUGGAAAAUGUACUAGGGCGCAACAGAAAAGUCUUUAUCCUUACAAGCUCUUUACAGGCCUAGAAAAUUGCACAAUCAAAAUCGUAAGUCCACACUGGCCGCCUUAUUCUAUUGAUCCUUUAAAAAAAAGAAGAUACUUUAAUAAAACCCAAAUAGGAAUUGAGGAGUUCAUAUUGAGAGAAAUAAGUGUUCUAGAAAAGUUUUCCAUAAAUCUUACUUUUACCGAUGAUGCUGAAACAUUUACUACUAUAACAAGAGAUAUGUCGGCGAUAGGACCAUUGUAUUUAUUACAAGAAAAUAGAGCAGAUAUCAUGAUGGGUGGAAUGAUUCUCACACACCCACGGGCCAAAGCUUUUAACUAUAUUUAUGGGCAUUUGUCUUUUACAGAAGAUAUACGAUAUCAAGUUCAAAAAUCAUCAGUCGUUCCAUCGUGGAAAAAUGUUUAUUUAGAAUUUCAAGCCAUUGUUUGGACUCUAUUUAUUUUAACAUUUCUAACGUUUUUCAUAAUUUUUAUAAUAUUAGUAAAACCGAAGGAUAAAGGACAGGUCAUUUUAACGAUGUUUGCGUAUUUGUUCCUGAAUGGCAAAAAAAUUGGAGGGAAUUCUUUUACAAAGUACCUUUUUAGUACGUGGAUUUGGUUCGCGUAUCUCAUAAAUACCUACUAUCAAUCAAGUUUAGUAAGUUUAAUCGCUAACCCAUCUUUGAAUUAUCAAAUUUCUAAUGAAAUGGACCUCGUAAAAUACAAUUUAAAACCUUGUGUGAGUCAAGGAAUGAGGAAUUAUUUAUUAUCUGUAGAAAAUAUCUUACUAGAAAAAAAUGAACAUGAAGGAUGUGAGACGAUGUUGGAGAGCAUUAAAACUGUUAGCAAAUCAAGCGACAUUUACACAAUUAGUUUGUAUUCACUGUAUAAGUAUAAUUUUCAUAGAUUCUUCGAUGAAUGGGGCAACCCUUCAGUACAUUCUUUUGAUCAACCACUAAGUAAAAUCGUGUACACAAUAUAUUUAUAUAAAGGAUUCCCGAUGUUAGAAAAGCUAAGGGUCCACGUUCUGCGAUUAAGGGAGAAUGGUAUGAUAGAAAAUUAUAUAAAAAAUAUGUACUGGCAAAAAACUAGGCAGCACAACCUUUUAGAAAAGAGAAACGAGUCAUAUGUACUUGUGCCGUGGUAUGUUCUGGUGGGUGGAUACGCUUUAUCUAUAGGAGUAUUCUUCCUGGAAAUUUUAGUUAAGAAAUAUUCUUCAAAGAAACCCAAUUUGUUGGUAAAUUGUCAUAAC